UUGCUAAUCGUUUUUCUGGUUCCCAAACGUGAAAUAUGAAACUAUCAGCUUACCGCACCGUCAUCUAAAACGAAAGACUGACCAAAUUCAACAGCAUUAAUCAAUAACCGUACAGUUGGUGGGUUCUGUUAAACGCCAGAAAAUUUAUUUAUUAUUUUAUCAAUCGGUUGCACACUCAUUUUAGACGAUUAUUAAUUUUUUAAUCAAACACAUAAAAUAUUUUUCUAACAUACAUCAGACUUUAUAUUAGGUUUGAUUGACAUUUAUAAAAUGAAGUUCGUUUAUCUACUUCUGAUAUCAGCAUCUAUUUCGUUAACCAUAUGUCAAAAACCAAGGAUACUUCAAGGAUGCCGCAGAAAACCUGACAUUCUGAACAUCAAAAUUACGAAAAAUAAUGUUGUCGAUCUCACACAUGUGAUGGACGAGCGAACAUUUGUUUGGCCAACGGCAACAAGGGGGUACGAAAUGUUUACAGUUUUCAAAGGAUUCAUUACUGCAACCGUCCGAUUUUUCCUACAAAGUUAUUCAUUCUUUACUCCUGAGCAUUCGGGCACACACAUGGAUGCACCUUCCCAUUUUUACGAAGAUAAAAGCCACACAGACGAAGUUGGUUUUGAUUCAAUAAUUGGUCGUGGAGUUUUAAUUGAUUUGACGAAAAAUAACACGAGAUAUGAAAAGGAUGGCAGAGUAACAAUCGAUGAUAUAUUAGCAUGGGAAAUAAUUCAUGGGAGAAUGAGAAGCGGAAGUAUUGUUCUCUUAUAUACCGGCUACUCAAACUAUUACUACGACAGACCAGUUUACAUGGGGACAAACUUAACUGGAGCUGAAGGGGAAGCUAACCUACAUUUUCCUGGACUGCACGAGGAAACAACUGAAUGGCUUGUAAAUAACAGAUGCAUUGCGGCUAUAGGAAUUGACACGCCGAGUAUGGAUUAUGGUCAAUCAAAAAAUUACCCUUCUCAUCGAAUUUUGUGCAAGAGUGACAUCCCGAUCUUCGAAAAUGUCGCCAACCUGAAAAAGUUGGCUGAUGCUGGCAGGGGUUUCAAGGUUAUUGCCCUUCCGCUGAAAUUGAAAGGAGGGAGCGGAUCUCCUGUGCGAAUUAUAGCUGCUUUGAACUAAAUGGAUCUCUCCUUUUGUUGAAGGAUUUGAUUGAAUUUAUUUCAAGUACAACAAGUACGCUGAUGCCGUGCGGGUUGGAUCAAAACUGUAUUUUUUUCUUAUAAACUAUAUAUAUGUAUAUACUAACCUAAUUACAGUAAGCAAUAGCGUGAACGAUCAGUCAUGCGAUCGAAAUAAAUUAAAUUGUUUUUUACAAUUAAAUCUAUUCAAUUAAAUUGCAAUCCUUCGAAUUUAAUCGCUAUGAUAUGAACCAAUUUCACAAAUUUGGCAUAAUGUGACGUUGAUUUCAUCCUCUGCACUUUUCAUUUCUCCCUCAUUAAAAAUACGCAUGAAAACUGCUUUAAUCUUAAAUGGAGAACAGCAGUAAUAUGCCCAAUUUACACAUUCUAAAUUGUGUACAGUUUGAAUAGUUUACAUAAAAUUCCACCCUGGCCUGAAAACGCUGGUCUACGUAAGCCUAUAUGUUUUUUUUUUUACCAGAAAAGGAUGUCAAAGUCCAUAUUUGGAAAGAUCUUAACUCGUGGAAGUAAUGAUGGACAUUUAAUAUUAACGUUUCGAUGACUUACGCUAAUAAAUAUUCGAUACAGAUUUUAUCGUGAA